CGCAUGUGUCCUGAGCCCACGAGUACUGCUAGUUGGAGCCCAGGCGGUGGGGAGUCAGUCCUCAGGCCCAGAAGGGACAGAGGGGAGGGACCAAAUCCGCCUCUCUGCUCCCUACUUCCCUCAACCAGUCCUCUGAGAGUCUUCCGUCUGCUUUCCCGUACUCAGUCUUUCUGGGAAAGUAAAACUAAACUUUUCCCAGAUGAAGAGAACGCAUCUGUUCAUCGUGGGGCUUUACCUGCUGUCCUCCUGCCAGGCAGAAGAGGGGCUCAACUUCCCCACGUAUGAUGGCAAGGACCGCGUGGUAAGUCUCACUGAGAAGAACUUCAAGCAGGUUUUGAAGAAAUACAGCAUGCUUUGCCUCUACUACCACGAGUCCGUGUCUUCCGACAAAGUCGCACAGAAACAGUUCCAGCUGAAAGAAAUUGUGCUCGAGCUUGUGGCCCAGGUCCUGGAACAUAAAGCUAUAGGCUUUGUGAUGGUGGAUGCCAAGAAAGAAGCCAAGCUUGCCAAGAAACUGGGUUUUGACGAAGAAGGAAGUCUGUAUAUUCUUAAGGGUGAUCGCACAAUUGAGUUUGAUGGCGAGUUUGCAGCUGAUGUCCUGGUGGAAUUUCUCCUGGAUCUAAUUGAAGAUCCCGUGGAGAUCAUCAAUAGCAAACUGGAAGUCCAAGCCUUCGAACGCAUUGAGGACCAGAUCAAACUCAUUGGCUUUUUCAAGAGUGAGGACUCAGAGUAUUACAAGGCUUUUGAAGAGGCAGCUGAACACUUCCAACCUUACAUCAAAUUUUUUGCUACCUUUGACAAAGGGGUUGCAAAGAAAUUGUCCUUGAAGAUGAAUGAGGUUGACUUCUAUGAGCCAUUUAUGGAUGAGUCCAUUGCCAUCCCUGACAAACCUUACACAGAAGAGGAGAUCGUGGAGUUUGUGAAAGAGCACCAAAGACCCACUCUACGUCGCCUGCGUCCUGAAGAUAUGUUUGAAACAUGGGAAGAUGAUUUGAACGGGAUCCACAUUGUGGCCUUUGCAGAGAGGAGUGACCCAGAUGGCUACGAGUUCCUGGAAAUCCUGAAACAGGUUGCCAGGGACAACACCGACAACCCUGACCUGAGCAUCGUGUGGAUUGACCCGGAUGACUUUCCUCUGCUCGUUGCCUAUUGGGAGAAGACCUUCAAGAUUGAUCUAUUCAAGCCACAGAUUGGGGUGGUGAAUGUGACAGAUGCUGACAGUGUCUGGAUGGAGAUCCCUGAUGAUGAUGACCUGCCCACGGCCGAGGAGCUGGAGGACUGGAUCGAGGAUGUGCUUUCCGGAAAGAUAAACACUGAAGAUGAUGACAAUGAAGAUGGGGAUGACGAGGAUGAUGAUGAGAAUGAAGAUGACGAUGGCAAUGAUUCUGACGAGGAGUCUAAUGACGACAGCGAUGAUGAUGAUGAGUAGCCUGACUCUGAAUGGUGGAUGAAAGCACAAUCACAGCGGCCCACUACCAUUCAGACGGGGGGGGGGGGGGGGGUGGCAAGCAGCGCCGGCCCACUCCCAUCAGCUCCUUCCCCUUUCCCAUCCCUUCUCCCACCCCCUUCUCAUCGGGAGCUGUACCAUUCAGCAAAAAUGCCUCUAAACCCAGUAAUCCCACUCAGCAAGGACAAUUGGAGAAUUAUUCCCAUGUGGACUGUC